AUGGGUACAAGGCCUCAGUCCUCUUGGAGGUCACUCCUCUCCUUCUUUUCCGUUGCCCUCUUUUCCCUUCUUCUACUUCUCUACCUUGGCCCAUCUCGAAACUCUGGCCAGGACCUUCGCGUCCCAGUCACAGAGAGAGACCUCCAUGACGAUGCAGUCACAAAUCUCACCAAGCGGGCAACUGCUACCUAUCAAGCAGCUAGUGAGAAGGGAGCCAAGCUGCAUUGCCUGUUAGCCAUGUCCAAGGAAGAUGUCGAAGCGGCCGACGGCGGAAAGUAUAAAGAGCCUGCCAAGUGGCUGCAAAAAUGGGGAAUUGAAGACUCGCAGGGUUGGGUCACAGAAGCGGAAGAAGGGGAAGAAGGGGCAGACAAAAACGCUCCGUACUGGGGAGACUACUUGGAUGCUGCGUUUUCCAGUCUCGACAUUUCCAAAAGCGACGCCCAUAAUGUCCACUGGAUUCACCUCUCCGACGCCGAGAUUUUUCCGGAUCCUGAAGAGUUUGAAGGGACCGCGGAGCAGGGCGUGAGAUCGGGGGCUUAUUUUACCAACUCAUACAUUCUAGACCCUGGCGUCAUCAUCGCGGACAACAACUACGCUGUCGUGCCUGCAUUGAAUGACAACUUUCCUGGCUGGGAGAAGAUUUUCACAACUACCCACAUUCAACGAUCCCAGUGGAGCGACGCGGCAUGGAUGCAAUGGACGAAAACAUGUGACUGGUUUGGUGGUGACAGAACAAAGAUAAAGUACAUUAUUCGGUCCCGCAUCACCAACAAGACGACUCUAUCCCUCAUCUUUGAGGCUCUCAUUAGCAAGUAUGGUGGAUUCCCGACAAUUGGCAAAUGGGAUGAUCGCUUGACUCUCGACGUGGCAACCAACCCAGGCGAGUUUCACGCUGUCCUUGCAAGUCCCAACGGAGCAGGAGUGGCCUAUAUCCUCAUGAACCACAAGAGUACGCUGGGUAUCAAGACUGUCAACAAGGUGGAGAUCUUCGUCCCCAACAUCCCUUACACCGUCGUUGGGACCUCGGUUGAUGAUCCCCUUGUCCAAAGAGCCAAGAUUAUGCUCCUAUUUACUGUCAUCUCUGUAUAA